AUGUAUUAUGAGGAAACUGAAAAUGAAAUGAAUUUUUCACUGGAUUCAUUGAUGAUAAUUCCUGACGGAACACGACGGCAAGAACUGAUUUUUCAAUUAGUUGACCUACUCAAUAGUUUAACAUGUACUUUGAUACCAAAUCAAGAUGAUAUUCUUUUUACUAUAAUUGGUCCAGAUAAACUUUGUUUGCAGCAUCUUGAAGUAACUAGUUCUCUUUCAACAUAUGUCGUCUACCUCAUAAAAAUUCUUGAAUCAUAUCAAGAUGAUGAAAAUCAAUUACAUACACAUAUAACUAAUCAACUUGAUAAACUUCUUGAAGAAAAACAUUUUCGAAUUCAACUUCAUGAUAUUAUAUUCAUAUUGAACUUAGGCAAAACUGAAAUAAAUGAAACAAAUAAUAGAGUUAGGAAAUCUGCGACUCAAAAGAUUCAAUUGAUAUGUGAAUCUAAUCUUAAAAUGAAACAAAGCUUUGAAGUUUAUUUGAAUGAAAAAAAUUUUCAUAUUUCGAUUGAUGAAAUUCCUUCGAUUUAUGCUAUAAUUUUCCAAUAUUUCAAUCCAUUUCUAUUGCCACAUAUAGAUCGUCAACAAUAUAUUUUACGCACAAUCAGCCGUCGAGAAGAUCGAACAACAGAUUAUUUUAUUGAAUGGUUUAAGCAUUUUCUAUGUCAAUCUAAUCCUGAUUGGAUGCAUUAUGAUGAAUUACUUUAUCACUGGACGGAAUGUUUUGUUCAUAAUACAUAUUUGUUCGACGACAUUAUCAAACAAACAGAUAAGCUUAUUGAACUUUGGACAAAAGUUGAGCCUGCUAAUGAUCAACGUUCAGGUUUCUUCGUCGAACAUAUAGAAUUCGAUGAUCGUUUGGAAAAAGAAAUCGUUCAAUCGAUCCAAAUACCAGCUGAUCUAAUGGAUAUUGUUUCAUUUGCUGAAAAACUCAAUCCAUAUGCAAAUGUGUUCAGUUGGCGAGCUUUUCUUCAACAAAGAACAACGAUUCAAGCAGAUACAUCUGCUGUGACAUCAUCUCCUACACAAUUGUUAGGUACGAGUAGUGACAUAUGGAUUACUAGUAGUUCUUUGACAUCAAGAGCAUCACUGGAACCAACUGACGAAGAGCCUGUAAGCAAGACAAGCGAACCGAACAACAACACAUGUGUAGACAUUCUUGGUCUAAGUGUUCAAAUAUUUGAACAAUAUCAUGCCACAUUACAGAACAUUUGCACUUCCAUUAACAAAUUUCCGAUUCAACUUAUUAUUAGUUUCUUUCCCGAUAUUCAACAAGCCAAGUAUGAUAUUGAACUGUUAGAAGAAUUACUUGAUCCUGUUGUGAAAUCACAACUACAUUCAAUUAUUUCGUUUUGGAAAAAUCGUUCUCAGAUAAAUCAUAUUUGUAUGGGUUUUAUAAAUAUUACUGCUCAUGUUUCGGCUACCUGGAAUUUAACAUUCAUAGAUAAGAUUCGUAGUAUUGAUGAGAAUACGUCUGGUGAAGAAUGCACUAUAAUUUAUAAACAAUAUCAAGAUCACAUACAAAAGUUAUGUUCCGAGCGUGUUUGCACACUUGUUUCUUACUAUAGUUCAUCAGAAGAUCUUUUUAAAUUUAUUUAUUCACUUAAAACUGAAGAUGUUUAUAAUAUGCAAGAAGCUGUUAACGAUUGGGAUAAAACAGUGGUUAACACAAAAACAAUCUUUGACUUUACUAUUGUUAAGAAUUUUAUUGAUCGUGCAUAUGCAGACAUGAACACCAAGCGUCAACAGUUGACUAAUACUCCAUUUCAUCUUACAGAUGUCGUUGCUAGCUUUAAUGAAGUGUGGAAAAAUAAUCAAUUUAGUGAUUUACUCAAAUGUUUAGAAUCAUCUGCACUUGGAUUGUCAACAAUCAAACGCGUCUAUUUAGAACUAACUAAUAAGGAAAAAUCGAAACGACAUUAUAUAGCGAAAAUUUUAAAAAAUUCUUCCAUUCAUUUUGUGCGCACUGGUGAUCACGAGAUAAUAUUUGAUGUUCAUGUAGAACAUUCAACUCAAACAGCGACUACGAACGAUGAGAACAAACAAAAACAGGUAAACUUUUCUGAUCUAAGUGAAAUUCGUGAUCGUGUACGGCUGAUGGAAUAUUCAAGUCACUUCAAGAGAAUGAAUGCAUCCGACAUGGAAAAUAAAGCUGAAAACGUGAAUUUAUGUGACUUCAUCCGAUUGGUUGACAUUAUUGAAUCAAGUCUUGAGAUUCUAAACGCUUUGUAUACGGUAGGUCAUCCGUUCAUAUCUACAUUUAUCGAAUCUCGUCAGAUUUUUUCAUGCAUCGAUGGAGUCUACGGUGAUUUACAACAAAAUAAUAUCAUGCUGAAUUGUUUGCUUGAAGAUUGGGAAAAGAAAUUAUGUGAUAUUUACCAGCGACAUGUCAUUUUGACGUAUUUCUUAGGCGAUCAAUUAUGGCAAAUCGAAGAUUAUAUCUACAAUCGAUCAUCGUCUUCUCAUCCAGGCUAUCAUCUUCUUAAAUUCGUUGAUAUCGAUCCGAAUUCACUACCUUGCCCAUGUAAACAACGACAGGAACCUGAAGAUCGAUUAGCGAAUCUUGUACGUUGGCUUCCAAGACAGCAGGUGCUUCCGUUUCGAGAAGAAAAGGAUCCAAAGAUAAAAAAAUGUCUUCUUAUUGAAACAACUAACGAAGGAAUACUUCGUGCUAUUCUUUCUCUGUUUUCAUUCACAACAACUCCAGCUAAAGUUCAUCACAUCUUCUACUGUACUUCGCAUACUAACUGGAUGCAAAUUCGUGCUUUUAUCUAUCGUUGUUUCUAUUCACAAUCAUUACAUCAACUCAUUCGACCUGAGCUUCUCUCUCAAUCAAUACAGGAUCAAUUUAUUCAUUUACUACGUUCAUUGAUUGAUCAAAGACCUCAGCAUUUUUUUCAAAUGGGCAUUAUUACAACGACUGCAUCAACAGAACAACAAAUAAUCAAUGAACUUCAAUCGAUGGACGUUCUAAAGAUUUUUCGUGAUCAUGAAUUAUUAAAUUCAAAUGAUUUCGAUAAAGAAAUAAACGCAUUGAUUCGUGAAUGUACACUUGUAACAUCCAAACUAAGUGGUCUUGGAAAAUCGACUUUCAUUAGGCAAACUAUGAAAAAGUCAAAGAUGAACUACGUUAAAUUUCCUAUUUAUGGAGACUUAGAUAGUGACAUAUUGGCUGAACGACUAUGCUCAUUAUGUCCUGAACUUCAAACGGGAGCGCUUCAUCUUGAUAUUGGAACUGUCGAUAAUAGUCAACGGUUGAAUGAAAUUCUCUAUUGUCUUCUUCUGUUCAGAAGUUUCCGUUUUGGACAAAUAGCUGUUUCACUGCCAGCAGAAACUUGUAUCUUCAUUGAACUUGAUGCAUCACCUGAUUCUUCGCUUAUUGAAAUUCCAUUAUUUCAUCAUAUUAAAACAAUCGUUCAUAUUGACCACAUUGAUUGGACAAGUCUUAUUGUUGACAAUGUCGAAAUUCAGACGGUAGCGAAUUAUCUAGAUGCAAUCAAUAGGGAAGAUAUCGUGAACAACAAUGUGAAUCCUUCGAAUUUCAAAAAUUUCGAUCAAAUAACAUGUUCUACUCUUAUCCAAAAAGUAUUUCUCAAAAAUAAGAAAACAGACUUCACUACUUGGACUCAAUUGUCUAUUUUUAUAGCUGUAUUCUAUCGUCUAUUUACAGGUUUUUCACGGUGUAGUUAUUUCUUUCCUAAAUACCUUGAAAAUCCAAGAAUUCGAGCAAUACGAAUGGAUCUUAUUCAGACUCUUCUACAAUCAUCAAAUCAGUUUACUUCAUUUUCGGUAGAAGCUGUUCGCCAACAACAACGAUCGAUGACUACCAAGAAAAUGACAGAAUUUAGUGAUGCUAUUAUUCAUUGGGAAAAAAUGGAACCUUUCAUAUUCGUCUUCACAGACACGGAUGAUCCGAUCUUUGUUUAUAAGAAACCAGCUGAUGUACCUGCAGCACUUGUCCAAUAUUUCGAAGCCUACAAUAAAGUAUCAAAAGCAAGUAAACGUAUUAAAGAAAAAAACAUGUUUCCUGAUUAUACGAAACUUAGUCAUACUGAAAUUUUCAUUCGAUUAGCUUCUCUUUCACGAAAAUAUUUCAAUAAAGCUAUAUGUCCGACUUGUUUUCGACAGUAUGAAUUCAAAGAACAACAUUGUCAAGUAUGUUCAAUUAACAAUGUUCUUAUUCGACCGAAAACAUUCGAUGAUGCUGAUAUUUUGUCAUUCCAAACUGAUAUUGCUGAACGUUUACAAAAUGAGUAUGUUCUUACUCAAGAUAAUUUUAUCAAAAUGCUACUAAUCUACAUGAGAGUACAAUGUGGUAUACCUGUUCUAAUUAUGGGUGAGACAGGAUGUGGAAAGACAGCAUUGAUUCAAUUCUUAUGCCAAAAGAUUUUAGACGAAGAUCUCGAAGUUAUUCGUGUACAUGCAGGUUUCACAGCUAAGAAAAUCAUCAAAACAAUGCAGGUCUGUAUUACAAAAGCUGAAACAAGUGCCGAAAAAGGAAAACGUUUGUGGGUUUUUUUCGAUGAAUUUAAUACAACAACUAAUAUUGGCCUUCUCAAAGAAAUUAUGUGCGAGAAAACUCUUCUUGGUAAGUCAUUACCAUCAAACAUGAUCUUUUUAGGCGCUUGCAAUCCUCGUCGUAAAAAAACACUUAAAAUUAUGAUUAAUGAAGAUGAUGAUAUUGGAAUACGAAAAACGCGUUAUGAUAUCCAGAAGCUACUUGGUACUGGUCUGGAUCGAUGUCUUCUACAUACCGUCGUACCUAUUCCAGAAACAAUGCUUGAAUAUAUAUGGGAUUAUGGUUAUUUGAAUGAAUCAACUGAAACUGCUUAUAUUAAAACAAUGUUGAAUACAUGCCAUAAUCUCUCAUCAAAUCAACGGCUUUUUAAUCUAACCGUUACACUUCUCGUCCAUUCACACAUUCAUUUUCAGGAUCUAGAAGAUGCCAGUAGUGUGAGUUUACGUGAUAUUGCUCGUUUUUGUCGGUUGUAUAAUUGGUAUCUAGAUUUAUUGAAUCAAAAUGUCUCUCCAAAUUUACGUAAAAGUGAAUAUAAUUAUUUUCUUCAUCGGGCGACUUUUAUUGCAUUGUUACUGUGUUACUAUUUUCGAUUACGCUCUACUAAAUUAAAAACCGUCUACAUCAAUAAUAUAGAAUUGACGAUUAAAAAGUUAUAUCCAGAAUUUGGAGAUAGGCGUGACUAUUUGAUCAAAUACAUUCUUAAACAUGAACAAGAGAAGUUAAUUGAUAAAAAGAUGGAGUUACCGGAAGGUAUAUCACUGAACCGUGCACUACGCGAUAAUAUAUUCGUUCUUUUUGCUUGCAUUAUUAAUCGUAUUCCAUUGUUUAUGUGCGGUAAACCUGGUAGCAGUAAAUCAUCGGCAGUUCAAAUAUUAAUCAACAAUCUGAAAGGAAAAAUGUCAAAAGAUUCAUACUUUCAAACAUUGCCUGAAUUAGUUACUGUCUCUUUUCAAGGUUCACAAAGUUGCACAUCAGAAAGUAUUAUUCAAGUUUUUGAACGUGCUAAUAAUUAUGCUCGUGUCAAAAAUUGUUCUGAACUAUUGCCUGUGAUUGUUUUCGAUGAAAUUGGUCUUGCCGAACUUUCUCCACACAAUCCACUCAAAGUACUACAUGCUGAACUUGAAGUUGAAAAUAAUAAAUACGGAUUCGUUGGUAUUUCGAAUUGGCGACUUGAUGCUUCGAAAAUGAAUCGUGCUCUAUAUCUAUCGACUCCUGAUUCAGAUGUGAAAGACCUUCGGCUUAUUGGUAAAACCAUAGUGGAAAGUAUGCAACAACAAGCUAAAAGACGAUUCAUUCACUUUAAUCCAAUCAUUAUCAAUGGUCUUGCUGAAGCUUAUUACGAUUUGUACGAUAAUUUGCGUGAUGCUCCACCUGAUCAAAAAAACUAUUUUGGUCUUCGAGAUUACUAUUGUCUUAUCAAAAGUAUUGUUCGUAAUUUAAUGGAAACGAAUGAAAAAACAGAUAUCUAUGAAAUAAUUCGACGACAAUUGAAAGUCAAUUUCGAUGGCACUCUCGAUGGUUCGCUGCUUUUAUGGCAACACUUUUGUCAGUAUAUCAAUAGAAACCAUCUCUUCAACGAUUAUGCUUGUCCAUCAUUCAAUAGUCUUCUUGAUCAGGCGUUGAAAAAUCGAUCUAGUCGAUAUUUAAUGCUGAUUGGUGACUGUGAGAGUACUAUUGAUUAUGUCGAACGUUUCAUUAAUGUUCAUCAACGAAAACAUAAUAUAGAAGUACAUACUAUUGUAGGUAGUUCUUUUUCGGGUGAUCUACAUCAAGGCAACACCUAUUCCAAACAAUAUAACUAUCGAGUCCUGAUGGAUACUAUUCUUUAUAGUGAAACAAAUAUAACAUUAAUGAUGCGUCAAAUGGGACAUCUUUAUGAUAAUCUCUACGAUCUUUUUAAUCAAAAUUUUGCUUUUUCAGGACGACAAAAAUAUUGUCGCAUUGCUUUGGGUGCUCUCUAUCAUCCUCGUUGUUUGAUACAUGAUAAUUUUUAUUGUAUUGUUUUUAUUCAUAAACGUGAUAUCGACAAAUGUGAUCCUCCAUUUCUCAAUCGUUUCGAAAAACAUGUUAUUGAGAUUCAAGCUUUAAUUCAUGCUCGACAUCAAUCAAUAUACAAUGAUCUUGAUCUUUGGCUAAAUAAUUUUUUUCCAAAAAAAAGUGGACAACAUUUUCUACGUCUACAACAUUUAUUUGUUGAUUACAGUCAAGAUCGAAUAUUCUUUUUAAUCAUGGAAAUCUUUGAACAACUCGAUAUUUCGAUCGAUGGUCAAGACACCGAUGAAAUCCGCCAAGAAAUUAUCAAACAUUGUCAAGCAAAAUUAAUGCGUACUAGUUCAUUCGAUUUACCCUUAGUACUUUCAUUGCAACCAACCGACGAAAAUCAAACAUUGAUCGAUCAAUAUUAUGAUAUUCAUCGAUCAAUUACAUUCUCAGCACUUGUCCAACAAGCACUUGAAAGCAACAAUAUUUCGCCACAGAUUAUUUACACUUAUACACAAAUCUUUCAUCAAAUCAAUACACUACCGAAUGGCGUUGAAGAAAUCAAAUUAAGUGCUUUCAAGACAGAACUUGAACUGAAAAAUAAAAUCAAACAUCAUUAUCAACGAUCAAACACUAUUCGUCUACUUUUGAUUCGUGUCGAUUAUCAUAAUGAGCAUCAACAUAUUCUCUCAUUAAAACAUGUUCUACUGAAUGAAAGUCUAUCACAAAGUGAUCGAGGUGUAUGGCUUAUAUUUCAUUUACAACGUAAUUUACUCAAUCAAACUUCGAAUGAUAUUUUGUUUAGUGACUGGUCUACUGAUAUGAUUGAUGAUCUUAAUGAUCGUGUACUAUUUUCGAAACAGUUAGUUUUAACUUCUUCGUAUCGUGAUCUUGUUCUUCAAUUAGAAUGUCUUCUAUCCGAUAGCAUAUUCGACGAUCUGAUUAAUCGAUGUCUGUCGAAAUUUCGUUAUAUUGCAACGAGAAAAACCGAUGAAAAACUCAUUAAUGUAAGACGCAAUACGAUAUUCGAAGAAAUAACUCGUCAUUCGGAUGACACAACAAGAAAGGACAUUCAUCUCCGUUCGAUUAUGCAUGAAAAUUUGAUUGAAUUAAUUCGUAAAAAUGAAAAAAUUGAUAAAAAAGAUUUUACUGAUUGGCGAUCGGAUCUAUUGACUAAUAGUAAAAUAAUGGCUGGUUCUCGUUCGCUUCAAGAUGCUUUCCAAACAAUUGUUUCCCUAUAUUUCGAAGCACAUCUUUUGCUUCUCUUGGCACAUCUUGAAAAACAUAAUCUUUUCGAUGCGUAUCGUUUUCUUUCAACUAUCAGCGAUAAAAACAUUGAAGAAAAUCUAUCCAAACUCUGGAUACAUUGUUUAAUGUCAUCAAUGAAAACAAUCGAUUUAACCAUGAGGAAUCAUGAUAUAAUCGAUAUUAAACUUGUUGUUGAUUUGAAAUUACCUUGUGCAGCAUCUGAAUACGAACAUAUUCAAUUAAUUCGUCAGAAAAUUCGAGAACUACAAAAUAUAAACAACGAUUAUACACAUUUUCUCGAUUAUGCCAUCAAGCAAAUACUUACGACAAGUUCGUAUGGAGAAGAUUUUAUGCAACUUGUUCUGAAUAAUCAACAAUACUUUGAAUUUUACUUAUACGAUCAAAUAGCGAUACAUCUCAUAGAAACAAAUACUAAUCUUUCAUCGAAAUUUGUUUUUAAUCUAAUUACAAGUAAUCCAACUCGUUCAUUUGAACAAUAUAUUCAAUUAUUUCUUGCACAUACGGAACUAUUAGACAUAAUUCGUUUAUUCGAUGCUAGUUUACAAUUGAUUCGUGAAGAAGAAAUUCUUAAAGAAAUUCAAAAACAAUUAGUUGUUCAACCUACUGGCGAAAUUAGAUCAUCUAAGUUUUAUACAUUGGUAAUAAAGAAUGAACAAUUCUAUCAACUUCCACCAUUGAAAACAACGAUUGAAGAUGAUUGUACAUUUAAAUGUCAAGGUGAUCCAAUGAUUGAAACGAGUCUAAUGAAUUUAAUUGAAUUAAUUCUAUCACCAUCGAUUAUUAAUCGAGUCAAUAAUAUUCAACAACUCAUAACAACAUAUAGUUUGAUUGCACAAUAUAUUCGUGAUCUCGAAUCGUAUCAAGUGAAUAAUCUUGAAAAACUUCGUUCAUCCCUUAGUUUCAUUAGUUGUCUUGCUGUUUUACUAUCGGAUAAAGCUUUUGAUAUCUUCAAACAAGGAUUCAAUGCAAAAUUUGAUUCAUGUCAAUCAAUUCAUCAAUAUGUUAUUCAACUACGCAAUAUAAUUCGAGAGCAAGGAUCGACUGUCAAUGAUAUUAUUAUUCGUCAAACAUUAAUUAAACUUGAAAUCGAACUCAUAAAAGAUUGGUUAGCAGAUAAUGAAGAUUCGUAUGGUGAAGUUUUAAGUUUAUUGAAUGAAAACGAUAAUGAUCUUUGGCAAUAUUCAGCAAAAAUUUUUAAUUUUAUUCAUUAUAAAUUUGACUUAAUAUCAGUAUUGAAAGAAUAUCAUGGAAGACUUCCAUUGGAUGAAAAAUUCGAACAAUUUAAUCAUUCAUUGGACAUCAUCGAUCAUGUUUCACAUAAAGUAGAACGAUUAUUAGUCAAUCAAAUUCAUAUGCAUUUGAUGUAUCGAACUUCUGACAAUGAAAUCGAUCAACAGCUUACUGAUCAUUACGAACAUUUUGAACAAAAUCUUUAUAUGAUGCAAAAUAUGAAAACAACAGUCAAUUUUCAAUGGAUCUCCGUUGUCGCUUGGUUGAAAUAUUAUGCUCAAAUCUAUGCAUUUGCUUUAAAUAAUGAGAGCCAAAAUUAUAUCAUGCCAAGAAUAGACCAACUUUUAACCAAUGCUGACUCGCCAUUUGGUUCAACACUGAAAUUAUUCAUUUUUAAACAACUUCUACAAACUUCAGGACGUAGUCUGGAUGAUUUGCGUGAUAACUUUGUUUAUCGUAACCUUAUUUGGAUCAAAGAUUUUCUUCAACGACCACAAGAUCAAGAAGCACAAAAUAUUAGACAAAAUCUUAUUUUGCCUAUUCCAUUGUUCGAAAGUCGAGAACAAUUUCAACGAGUCAGUAAAACUCUCCAUUCAGAUAACAACAUUGAUGAUCUACGACAGUUAAUUCGUGAGUGCAGUAUGUCACAACAACUCAGUUAUGCUUUUUUGUGUUGGUUCAUUCAAUAUUAUUGUCGUUUUAUCCAAGUUAACAGCAAAACCGAAGACAGAGUUAUUCAUUUGAUCCUAAAUGAUUUAAAUCAAGAAAUUAUGGAUUCCUUUACACCCUUCGGUUGGAAAUUAGUUAUUUUUUUGAGCUUGAAUUUCUGGGAUGCUUCCUAUUUUCAUCUUGAUCCAACCAUGUCAGCAAAUGAUAUUCAUAAACGUUUACUUGCUCUCAAUAUUAUCGCUGUAUUGAUCUCUCUUAAAUCACAACGUCAAAUGAGUUUAUUUGGAAGUUUUCUAUUCAAUGAUCAACGAGAAAUACCUACUGACUGUAUACAACAUAUUUCGAAUCUUUACUUACCUGGUCUCAUGAUUAGCAAUCCUGUCAUCACACAAAUGAUUCAUGUACGAGCACAAGUUCAAGAUCAUUUAAAACGAGGAGUUAUUCAUGAUGGAGAAAACUUCAUUGUUAAAUGUUCACGAGAGUGUCCUUGGAUAUUUUAUCUUCAAGAUUGCAAUAUUCGUAAUGAUCCAAAUAUUUGUCCACAAUGUCGAAAACCAAUUGGUAUCACUGAAAAUAAUGUUCUUAUCGAGCGUGAUCCUCCUCAAAUUCAAAUGUCCAUCGAUGAAACCUUCCAAAUGAUCGAUCAAUAUAAUAAGAUAGCUCGUCUUGGAUAUCACAAUCUUACAACAGCGGAAGAGAGUGCGUUCGAUGAAAAACCUCAUCAUUUAAGUCGAUCUGUAUCUUUUCGUUUUUUACAUUUUCUCACACAUGCUCUACUGCUUUCCUUGCGUGAACUCAAUUAUUUAGCUGAUGAAGAUAUUAAACAAAGUCUCCACUUGUCAACAGCAACACAUUUUCGCGAUCAUUUUGAACACGACUACGAAAUUCUCUCUCAAACAUUUACAAAUGAUCAGCAAUGUUGUAUUUGGCUUCACAAACUUCUCAAUCAUCUUGUCAAUGAUGAGUUUGUUCAAGAAGGUUUAAUGAAAGCCAACGAAGAUGUUUUACAAUUCGAGCGCAUGAUUGAAGAAAGACUCAUAUUUCCACAUAUGAUUUCAGUAACUAAUGAAAUUGUUGAAUAUAAACAAGCUUAUGCUUAUUUCUUUCACGAAUCUAACGCUCAACCAUCAGUAGACAGUUUCAUUGGUGAAGUUUUUGAAGAUGAACAACAAUACCCAUUGUUAAGCGUUUUUAAUGUAACUACAUUUUAUAAAUUGGAUCCUUUGAAUGAAUUUAUCUUUAAAAUACAAGCAAUUCCAUAUACUGAAAAUACAUAUCCAAUUACGACAUUUAUUCUCAAACGUCUCGACGAUUAUAUUAAUAUUCAACAUAUGUAUCCGAUUAUUGCUUUUACCAAUUAUCUUAUUGAAAAAUUGAAUUAUCGAAUCCAUCGGAAUGAUGCAAAUGAAAAGAAAAUUCUUUAUUAUUUAACGAAAGACAAAGAUCAACAUAGAACUAAUCAACUUUAUAAUGAUUUUCUAAAUGCUUGGUAUGCAAUAAAUUUGAAAGAAGUUCAUCAUGGCAACCAAACAAUAAAAUUCGAAAAGACUACUUCGAAAGAGAAAUUCGCUGAAAGUACCAGUAUUAAUGCACUUCUAUUGAAUACAUCAAGCGAUGAAAGUAGUCUUCUUCUUAUUGCAUGUCUUAAAACACUUGCCGAAUUACAAAAUGAAAUUGUCAAUUAUUUUCAUGAUACUAUUAAAGACGACGUUAGAAAAGAGACUGAACGAAAACGUCUUCCACUUCAAUCUAUUCGACCGGAACAUAUUUUUAAUCUUGAUCGAAAUCGUUUGAAUCAAAAGUUAAUUGAUGAUUGUCUUGUUCUUAAUUAUCAAUAUGGACAAGGUAGAGAUAUUAUGUAUGAUUAUGAAGAAAUCGAAAUAUACCUCCGAAAUAAGAUCAGUUCGCUAAUGUUGAUUGAUACAGAUCGAUUAUAUUGUCUCAAUUAUCAAUUUGAAUCGUACGGAGAAAAUACAUCGUUAAUCAAUGAUGUUCGUGCUCGAAUCAAACAACAACGACUAUCCAAUGAUGAUCGAAUUAAAUUACAAAGUCUCAUUGUCGGCAUGAAUAAUGAUGAUAUGCUCAAUUAUCUUGGUUCACUCGAUUAUGUUUUUACCUAUCUAAGAACAAGUAUACUAGACAGUGCAUCAGAGAGAAUACCAAUUGAAAAAUUCGUUAAACAUUAUAUACAUCGGCAUACUUAUUUAAACGAUACAAUUCUCUAUCAACCACCAUUUUCUACCAUUCAAUUACCAUAUAUUAUUGAUUUAUAUGAAAUGAUUGAAGAAAAUGUUUUCGAUCGAGUUUUACGUGCUUAUGUUAAAAAUGAACUUCAGGAAACAACAUUUUCACAUGAUGAGAGACAACGCAUAUUCGAAGAAUUUUCACAUGAAACAUUUCAGAAACAAACUAUUUCUCCUUUAUUGAAAAAUAUUAAUAGUUGGAUUUCCAUGUUCAAACAUUUAAUGAUACGCAUUCUGAGUGUUAAUAUAAACCUUAAUCAACCAUUACAAUCAUAUCUUAAACAAACAGAUCUAUGGAGUGAUUAUAUCACUGCUGCUGAUCUAGCAACUUUUCAAGUUCCUAAGCAUAUAUUACUUCAACAUACCUACGCGAUCCUAUGUGCUUCAGAACGGGAGCAACACAAGAGCAAUGGAGUUCGAUUGUCGCAGAAUAAAGUAUCAACGUCAACUACUGACGAACAACAUCGAAAUGUUCAUGAUCAGCAGGCUAAAACCACUAAACCGAUUCCCAACACAAGAGUGAUCAGGGACAAGAAUAAAAAAAUUCGUACAUGA